AUGAGUGCUCGAGCGUCAAGACACUUUAGUAUUGCCGCUAGGUGGUUGGAACAACGGGCCCCGCCUCGGUUUGUCAACACGUUCAACGAAGCAACCAAGGCUGCCCAGAAGAAGUCAUAUGCCAUCACGAGGCCCAUUGGGUUGGAAUCGCCAAUCUUGCUAAACCACAGGUUGUCGGAUACGUACUCCUUUUCCAACAUCAGAAACGAGCUAUUUGGAGAACAGGCCAAGGAGAGGCGUCAGCGGAACUUGAACUAUGACUUGAAACACUCGCCAAUCUACGAAGCCAAAUCAUUUGAACAUACAAAGGGCAAGAUCUUCACCCCUCCGAUCUCUUGGUUCAAGCAGGACAAGUCGUUGUACUUUCCCGACUUUGUGGCCAAGACAUUGACGGGUAAGCAAGAGAGUCUUUAUGCUGCCUUGAGCGACAAAUACAGCAUUGUUCGGUUAUUUUCGUCAAUCACUGGUGACAAUUGCAGCCGCUCCUACUUCAAAGUCAACAACCAAGACUACUACACCACCGACUAUGCACAGUUCACUAAACAGUUCCCCCACUUUCAAAUCAUCGACAUCAACAUGCCAACCAGCUGGAUCAAGGGUUUUCUCUUGAACUUGUCGAUCUCCAACUUGAAGAAGAUUAUCCCACCGCAGCGAUACGACCACUACUUUAUACUUCCAGGCCACAUAUUGGCUCCCGAAGUCAGGGAAACGUUGCAUUGUGACAAUCAGUGCUCGGGUUACAUUUACAUUCUUGACUCAACGGGAAAGAUUCGGUGGGCCUCGAGCGGAUAUGCAACUGCGGAAGAUUUGCAACUCGCGUGGAAAGUCGUGAAAGGGUUGGAGAAGGAGGCAUCACAGGCGGCCAGUGCCCGAGUUUAA